AAGACGCUUAAAACAAAAUCUUAUCUUCUGGUGAAGUCAAGAGUUCGAAGAUGAGUUCCAUAGGCCAAAGCAUUCUCAUGGCUUUAACAGUAACAGUUAACAAAUACGCUUCCUCUAAUGUUCAAGCAGUACGCAGAAACGAAAUCAAACGCGAUUCUUUAACCGCUUCAACCACUGAUUUAGGACGCCGAAACAUCCUCUUCUCCUCCUCCUCUUUCCUCGCUGCCGCUUUGACCACCAGCGACCAGCUUCUCCAGAAGUAUUUGAAGAAGACUGAGGAAAACAGAACCAAGAACGACAAGGAGAGAUUGGACAGUUAUUACAAGAGGAAUUAUAAAGACUACUUUGAGUUUGUUGAAGGAUCUAUAAAGGGAAAGACAGAAGCAGAGCUCACUGAGUCUGAGAAACGCAUUCUUGAAUGGCUCAAGUCCAACAAAUGAUGAUGAUGAAAAGUUUUUGUUAUCUAUGAAACUUAAGAAACUGUUCAGUAAUUUAUAAUCUUAUGUUAUUCGGUUUUUAAAUCUGUUUCUUCA